AUGGAUAUUACUUUAGCAAACCGCAUUUCUGAGGUAUGUUUGGCAAAGUAUGAAAGCCUCCCGAAAACUGGUAAACCGGACGAGACAUUUGAAUGGACAAUCCUCUCGGCGAUUGUGCUGGAUCGCUCGAAAGCUCAAAAAGAAAAAUCAUAUGAUAGUAGUAGCGAGCUGCAAGUAGUAGCCCUAGGAACCGGCACGAAAUGCUUAGGAGGUAGCGAGCUCAGUUCUCGGGGCGACCUCGUGAACGAUAGCCAUGCGGAGGUUUUAGCCAGGCGAGGAUUUCUGCGCUAUUUGCUCGAACAAAUCGAUGCCGCUAGUGAGGGGCAAAAGCAAAGCAUUUUCAAGAGGCACAACUUGUCGGAGAGCGUAAAAUUUACGUUAAAAGAAGGUCAUUUGUUUCAUUUUUUUACUACCCAUAGUCCGUGUGGUGAUGCGAGUAUAUUUGAAGCGGACUGUGAAACCGCGAGCUGUGAAAUGCCUCCGGAGAAAAAGCCACGUAAAGAAGCUUUAGCAAAUGAGGAAGAUAUUGGGAGUUGCAUUGGAGCUAGCGAAGAUGAGAAACGUGUUGUAGGUAUGACGGGUGGAAAGUUACUUCAGCAAGGUCCAGUAGGGGACUCGAUGGCACAAACUAUCGGUCAGGUACGGACAAAGCCGGGCCGUGGAAUACGAACGCUUUCCGUUUCGUGCAGCGAUAAGCUGGCUCGUUGGAACGUGCUUGGCAUUCAGGGGAGCUUGCUGAUGCACCUGCUAGACCAACCGAUAUAUCUCGAGAGCGUGGUGCUUUGUGACGGAACAGACCAUUCGGUAGCGGCUAUCGAGCGAGCAAUCUGGAGACGCUUUGAUCCAUGGUCGGCCGGAAUCCUUCAAGCACCGUUCCAUCGAGGCUGCCCAGCGGUGUUUGCGGCGAACAACGGGCGAAUGUUUAAGUUUCGCAAGAAUCGGAAGCUUCCUGCGGGGACCGGAAAAUAUCAACCAUCGCCCUGUGGGAUUAUUUGGUGUGAUGUUGCUGUAAGGUCCCACGAGGUGGAGGUUGCGGGUCGGCGCCAUGGAGUGACAAAGCGUAAACUUGCAACACCGGCGGCUCGUUUGCAGGUUUCCAAAAUCGAAUUAUUCAGUCAGUUCGCGCGUACGUACCACCACUCGGCCACCACCACUAGCGACGCUGGGAAGGAUGCUUUGAAUAAUUUAGUUCCGCUUCACCGGCACCUUGGCCAGCCGGCGAUGCCCAACGAGGAAAGGUCCACCGCAGCGAUAUCACAUCCCAGUGCAACCGUUUUGCUGGCAGGUAGCAGCGAACUACCGGUCGAAGGCACCCCGGUGCGAAACGGAGCGCCCGAUUUCGGCAAACUUUCUUACACGGCCGUCAAGGUGCUGUCGGUGGAGUACGCACGCCAGUGGAGCACCGUGCGGGAGAAGAUGUUCGGAAGCUGGACGGAAAAGCCGGAUAGUUUGGGGCAGUUUUUCAUCGAUGCCAAUGCUGGACGGUCGUAGCUCGCUCGUCCUGGAUGUGCAGGAUUGUGCGGGAGCGACGCAGGGGUUUUCAUUGAUACAAACUUUCGCGUUUUUGCUAGUAAGACAGGGUGUUUUAGGUUUCUUUUUAUUGCUAAGUUAGUUUCGAAAGCCAAAAAGACCAUGAGUGAACAAAAUUAUUCCGAUGCUUUGUUUCGGAGAAACUCGGUUGGAUGUUGCAUAAUUUAAUAAAAAGCGCUAGCACACGUGCA